AGAUGCUCGGAUAAACUUCUUAAUAAUGUGGAAUUUAAAGUACAAACAAUCUGGGUUCAUGAACCAGAAAAAGAAUGACCUCUAAGAAUUAGUUACAAGAGAAAUUUUUUAAAAUUUUUACUAUCUUUUAAAGAAAAAGAUUCACAAUAACAAAUGAUUCAAAAAAUUGAACUAAAAACAUUUACUUAAUUAACAAAAAAAUGAAAAUCUAUACAGAAAAUGAAGCCAGUGGAAAUUUUUUAAUCAAUAGAAAUCAUUAUACAGUUGGCUUGACUGGUCAUGGAAAUGUUAAAUUCAAUUUAAAAAAUAAUGUAAAAUGUACAAUGGUCAAAUACAAAAAUAUAAACAUUUGGGUUCAUGAAGGUGGAGGUGAAAUUCUAAAAGGGUUUAGCUGCUUUAAUCCAAAAGAAUAAACUUUUUUAAUUAAUAAUAAAGUGUAAUUGAUUUUGGUAAUAAACAUGAGGUAUAAAUUAAAAUAGACACUAAGCUACGAAGAAAAGAAUUUAUAAAAUUUUAAUACUCA